UUUUCUCUUAUUGGAUCUGACCUGAUUCUUUCGUGCCCAAACGAGGACAGCUGCCUCGACUAUGAGAACAGAAGAUGCAUCGAAUUGUGUUGCUUGUCGAUGCACAGGGUGCUUGACGCAGACGAGCCAACCUCGAACAAAAAUCAUCUCACCCUGUCAGGAAGUGCCGCCAGUUUCUUGGGCGUGAAGGAGAUUUCAGCGAAUCUUUAUCAGAAUUUCGCGAUCUCGCGCGUCCUUACAGAAGAACUAAAGUAUUCGGACCAAUUACUGCGCGGAACAAAUCCUGUGGAAUCCGGCACGUACUUGGUAGAUAUUGGAGCUGUCGAUCGGCAAAGCAACGCACUGCUGGCGCAGACUCAAUUGGAAAUCAAGGUCGUGGGAGGAGCC